UUGGGGGCGCGCACACCGAUGACAAAAUGUGUGCUUCGAACCGCUAACGGCACAACCUGACCACUGGGGAGAGGGAAUUGUCUGAGCAACUGGAUAGAUUAAUUCUGGACCAGGUGAAGUGGUUUUAUUAAUAGGCUAGUACUACGCUAGAAGACUCCUUAGGGCGGAAGGUAUUCAUCCUCUUGUGAAGUUACUCUUCAGAUAGCCUUUUUAAUCAGGAAGAACAAAUCUUCGCGUUCAAAGGAAGUUAAAGAACACAGAUUUUUCAAAUGUCCAGCUCUGUCCUUUCUAAAUGCUGAGUGGGGACAUCGAGGACAUCCUCCACUAGGCUAUUUUCCGACGACUAGGCUACUGCGACGGGUAGGUGGAUCAAUGGCUUUAUUAUAAGUAUUUGUCCACAUUUACGUUGAGUGGGUUAAAAUACAUUUUUUUUAUUUUUCAAACACCAAGACUGGCUGCCUGGUGUUAUUUAAAGUACACCUAAUAGCAACUUUUGGACUUCCAUCAACCGUUUAUUUUUUAGACAAAUAUAGUGACAAUUGUGGUAAUUCAUGACGGAAACAAUGGCAUUGAGUGGUAACUGUAGGACUAACCCAACGUCCAAAGAACACGGAUUGGUUCAGAAUAGUUUCCCUGAUGUUGUUGAACUAAAUGUCGGGGGGCAGGUGUAUUACACGCGACAUGCAACUUUAGUAAGCACCCCGAAUUCGUUGCUGGGCAAAAUAUUCUCAUCCAAAAAAGAUGCUACUAACGACUUGGCGCGGGACCCUAAGGGACGCUAUUUUAUCGACAGAGAUGGAUUCUUAUUUCGAUACGUGUUGGACUACCUCAGAGACAAACAAGUUGUACUACCAGAUAAUUUUCCAGAGAAGGGGAGGCUUAGGAAAGAGGCGGAGUACUUCCAGUUGCCAGACUUGGUCAAACUGUUGACCCCUGACGAUUUAAAACACAGUCCAGACGAAUACUUCCACAGUGAUUUUGAAGAUGGUUCUCAAGGCAGCGACCACAAGAUGUGUCCGCCGUCCUCACUCGUCCCGGCGGACCGAAAAUGUGGUUUCAUUACAGUUGGUUACCGGGGCUCUUGCACGAUGGGCAGAGAGAGUCAAACCGACGCGAAAUUCAGAAGGGUCCCGCGGAUUUUGAUUUGUGGGAGAGUUGCACUUGCCAAGGAAGUUUUUGGCGAGACCCUGAACGAGAGUCGGGACCCGGACAGGACACCAGAUCGAUAUACUUCCCGGUUUUACCUGAAGUUCAAACACCUCGAGAGAUCCUUCGAUAUGUUGUCGGAGUGUGGUUUCCUGAUGGUGGCCUGCAAUUCUUCGGUCACAGCGUCCUCCGUAAACCAACACACGGAGGACAAGAUCUGGUCCAGUUACACUGAAUACAUCUUCUAUCGUGGCAGCUCUCGGUGGUCUUCCCCACCUUGCGACUGCUGCUGCAAGAACCACAAAGGUGAUGGUGAAAGCGGCACCUCCUUCAACGAGCUUUCCACGUCCAGCUCUGAGAGCCAGUCAGAGGCCAGCUCCCCUCAGGGCACCGUUAUCUGUGGCCCGGUCAACCGGCAGCCACACUCCCAUGUCCAGACUCUGGACCGCCCACUAAAGAAGGGCCCAGUGCAGAUGCUGCAGCAGUCUGAGCAGCGCAGGAAGAGUGACCUCCUUCGUACGCUAACCGCUAGCUCCCGAGACACCAGCACCUGUAAGAAAAGACCAGUCAAGGAGAAAAUGACCGUUGAGGAGGAGCUGGAAAAGUGCAUCCAGGACUUCCGUAAGAUCAAGAUCCCUGAACGCUUUCCAGAGAGGAAGUAUAAUUGGCAGGCAGAUCUGCUGAGGAAGUACCGCCUUUGAAAGGAACCCAGGCCAGCUACUGUUGGAGUCAUAGAGACUGCAAAAAAUGAAAACAAAUAAUCACACAAGAAUAAAACCAUGACUGUUUAGAUAACUGUAUGUUUGUAUGUAUGUAUGUAUGUAUGUAUGUAGGAUGUAUGCAUGUAUGUAUGUGG